AUGUAUUUGAAUUUCAACGAAUUAAUUUUCCAUACAUAUAUCUCCAAGAGUUCUCACUCCAUUAGACGUUUCAACUGUAGCAUUUUCCUUACAUCUCCAAGAGUUCUCAGUCCAUUAGACCCCCAUUUAUCGCCUAACUUGCAAUUAUAUGGCAAUGGUAAGAACUUUUCAACCAGAAGUAGUACCUAA